AUGGAUGUGGAUCCUGGUGUGUUUAACGACAGUGUGGUCGACCUGAUCAACAAGCUGUGUAAACUUCACCUGCUAGACAAGGAGCGGAGAGCAUACCUCGUGCAGCCCAGAUACACCACAGACCAGGCCUGUCUUAGACUGAAGAAGAAAGCCUACGACACACUGUUUGAAAACCUCAAAGGAAAACAAAGGAAAUCCCAGGCUAGUAGUGAGAAUUCCCUGCCGGUGCCCAAAGAUGUGGAUGGGAUUCUAACACACUCUUAUCAUCUUCGGUGCUGUCGGCGCUAUGAUGAUGCUGACAGACUGGAACAGUUGCUGAAUCGGCUGGGAGAUACAUGUGAUAAUACAUCAGAUUCUCUCCAUGACAGAGAUGAGGUGUCCAAAAUCUUGCAAGUUUUCGUUUUACUCAGAGGAAGUGGAAGUGAAUAUGAGAAAGAUAUUCUUGGACACGGGAAACAAGUCUUUCAGAAACUAGUCCUGGAUAAGUGUUCUGAUGUUGACGACAAACCUAUCUAUUAUGGAGAAAGCAGAGUGUACCGGCCAAACUGCAGGUUCUACAUGCAUUACCACAAAGAAUUGUUUGAGUCACAGUUCCAGACGGUUAACAUAGAAAAACAAACAGAAGUACACAAAAUGAAUAUUUUUGAAAUGACACCAGGAACUGGGUUAAUUGGUCAUGGGUUGUUCAGAACGACGGGCUUGUUAAACACGAGAGAUGAAAUGGAGACCAAGAUGACAUUGUUUGGCGGUCUCACACACAGCAGAAUGACUUCGCUUGACAUGCGACUCGAACUGCCAGAUUUACCAGAAGAAGGAGAGCAAAGAGCUCCAGAAAUCAAAAUACCAAAAUGCCAUUCUGAGCUUUCUGAUGAUGAAGGUUUUAUUUCUGAUAUCUCGUCAUCGGUCACCACACUGGCUGAAUCUCCUGUUGAGGAUGACAUUUGGGAGUGUGCCCUGACGUACACACCCAGCAAACACUACACAUGGGAGAGAAUCGGAUGUGAGCCAGGUCAAACUGAAGGUCCAUACAUAACAGAGGCAGGUGCUGUUGCCGUGGAUAACUGGUAUCGGAUGAUGAGGUGUAACGUCCAGCUCAUGUGUCCAGAAGUGGACUUGCCGCCACAUGUAGAAAUCUCUCAGCACAGUCUUGUUGCUGACCUGCUGUACCUCCUGAUCGGAAUCCCAUCAAACACAUUUGCCUUUGAUGAAGGAAAUCAGGAGUUCUCUCAGAGACUUGGUAUCUACAUAUCUGGCAUUACUCCUGACUCACUACAGAGCCUGUUGGAGGAGUUUCUCGAAUGCGGCUCCAACUACUACCGACUGGCCGUGUUCUCCAGACCCCCGGUCCUCGAUUCAUUCUACAGCGCUGGCCUCAUAUUCCAGGCCUUCACCAGCGCCAUUCGGAAAGUCCUUCAGAUAUACCGUGCAGUUAUUCUGUCCAUUCCCAAAACCACAACCGUCAUGCAGCUGAAGCUUAACGCAAACAGACUGAUCACACAAAUUAGAUACCUGUCCAAGUUGUGUCGAUGUGAGUACAGGACGACGGAACCAGUCGCUGAUCAACCUGCUCUUCCAACUGGUAUUCAACUUCUGUCGGUGCUCUAUAAGGAGACGUUGGAAGCUAACAGCACAGACAACUAUCCCAUGAUGCUCUCCAUCUUGCAGAUCACUAGUGCUCCAUUCACAACAUUUAUUCAAGACUGGCUAUUUCACGGUAGUUACCAUGAUGUAUAUGGAGAAUUUUCUAUUCAUUUCAACCAAGAUUAUUUAAAAUGUCGAGACAAGUUGUUUUGGACCCACGCCUACACGUUGGUUUCGACAAACGCUGAAGAAAGUAUGCCACUAUUUCUGAGUGACCUGGCCAGGGACAUAUACAUCUGUGGUAAAUCUAUCAACCUCAUGAAGAUCUGUUGUCCACAGCACUUCAUCUGUGACGUGAACGAAGAAGACAUCCCUCACGUGCGACUGACAUUCUCUGAGAGAGAGCUCCGCUCGGCCGACAACGUCUCCAGUGUCUACUACAGCAAGAUGAAACAGAGGGUCCAGCAGCUCACCAUAUCCAGACAGAAGAUGGAGGAGAUGGAAGUGGAGGCUAAACGAGACCUGGUAGAGAAAGCUCAUAGCACAGAUGCACUGGAACUACAGCGACUACAAGCUCAGAUUGACAAGAGGAAGAAAGCUGCAGACAUGAAGAAGAGACGGGAGUUCCAGCGUCUAAAGAAUCAGAUGAUUGAAGACCAACAGAGUAAAGCGAUUAAGUCUGAGGAAGAGAAGGCUAGUGAUAGAGAAUACAUGGCCAGGUUGAGGAGAGAAGAGUCAGCCAUGGCAACAGAGGAGCUUGAACUGGAACGACAAGCCAGAGAGGAGUUGAUAGCGUACUAUGCUGGACUGAGUGAUGAGGCCGCCCGGCGUGAACAGAAAGCCCUGUGGAAGGUUCGCCGCGGCCGGCUGGGGCAGCGCAGGAUAGACUUCCUGUUAGCAGACGAAGCCAAACUGAAGAGAGAGAUGAUGGAAUCAACUGAAGCUCAGGCCAUGUUAAACAGUAAAGGUGAUGUCAGCUCUGUUUUGCCGUCAUGGGCUCAGAACCUUGAUCAAGUUAAAACUGUCCACGAUGACCAAGCUGCUCUACCCAAGUGGGCUGAUGUCGACACUGACAGGCAGCUGGUGGCAGUCCAUGUUGUUGAUGACAAAGAUGAUGAUGAUGGUAAUACUGCUGCUGCUGCUACGAUGCCACAGUGGGCAAUCAAGGGAUUAAAGAAGUAUGGGCUUGAUGACUCGUCAGUGGAUGUGUGUCAGAUUGACCUGGAGAUCAAAGAGGCUGAUAGUCCAACUGGCUCUCCAGGUGUUAAGCUAGACCACAGUACCAGACAUGUUUCCGAAGAAACCACGCCUACACCCGAAAAACAACACAUCAGGAUAUCAGAUAAAAUGCAUGCUACCAAGGAGACGGAAGCUGAUGAAAAAAGCAAGCCACAGAUCCAGUUAUUUCCUGAACGGCAGGCAACGACGGAGACCGUUUCUGAUGAUACAUUCCUACCCACCAUCAAGUGCUUCAAGGAUGUUGGAUCCACGAAGGAGACCGAGAGCCGUGAGGAGAAAUCCCACUUAAAGUUCCACCCGGAUCAAUGUGUGAGUACCGAAUCAACACAAGGGAAAGAAAUUGAUGCUCCACAUUUGAAACGACAAUCCAAUGUUCACGCUAAUGUUGAAAGUAAACCCCAAGAACUGGUGAUCAAGCUGGCUGGACAGUUCGGUCACGUUUCUGACCAGACCGAGCAGGAAAAUGCUAUUGCUCCAAGAUUAAAGAAACAUGCAUGGAUUUAUGCUAAUCUUGAAUCGAACCCAAAAGAUUAUGGUAUUCGACCGAGGAUUAGAAUGAGCAAGAAGAUGUCUGCCACGACAGAAAGUCAGUGCGUGGAUGUCAGGUCGGUUCAUAAGUCUAGUGCCUUGAUGUAUGCCACGAAGGAGUCUGAAUACGUUGACGAAAACGAAGUGAGAGUGAAGAAGUUCAAGGAGAGAAAUGUGUAUGGACAUUCGACAGAUUCUUCUGUACAGAGGUUGCUGUAUGGUGUAAAGACUGGCUCGUCAGAUCAACAGACAGACGCUGAUAAAAGUGCAGUCAUGCCACUGGCAGAGACCUUUUCUAUUGACAUAGAAUGGUUGAAAAAGAUGGUGGAGCCUUAUACAGACAAUUUUGACUUUCUUGAUCUGCCUCCAAAGGUUGACCUGCUGGGAAACACGCCCAUUGUUUUCAGUAGUUUGGGAGACUACCAGAUCAGUCAGAGCACUGAUGUUACGACUUACGAAUACAUGCAUCUUCCGUCUUUACUGAAGAUCUCUCUCACAGCUCCCAUCAGGGCCCAAGUGUCUCUGGUGAACCAGUGUAUUCUGGACUACUUCUUUGUGGAGCUGAAAAUAGUAGAACAUUUUGAUGCACUUCGACGCUUCUUACUCAUGGCUGACGGACAUUUUUCACAAGUUGUUAGUGAUAUUCUCUUUGAAAAGCUGGCUACAAACCCCUUAGCAUGUGAAUUGUUGAAUCCAAUCUUCCUGAACGGUGCACUAACACGUGCACUCCAGUCUUCUGUUCACCCGGAUGACAAGUAUGCUAAAUAUCUGUCAUUUGCACUCAAGUCAUGCCCAAAAGUCCUCAACUUUAAUGCACCUGAUACUUUGGACUGUCUUGAGCUCAAAUACGAGGUUGGAUGGCCAGUAAACAUUGUGUUGACGGAGUCCAGUAUGAGAAAAUACAGUCGGCUGUUUUCCUUCAUGCUGCAACUCAAACGGAUUGUGUGGAUCCUCAAAGACAUCUGGCACCGCCUCAAGAGAGACUCUGUUGUUGUUGGUGUAGGCAACUCACCUCAGUUUAGACAAGUGCAGUUGCACAGACAGGAGAUGCAGCAUUUUGUGAAGGUGAUGCAGGGCUACAUGUCGAAUCAGAUAAUUCACGUAAUGUGGACGAGUUUUUCUGACAAUCUGCACAAGAACGUCGACAACCUGGACGGCCUACACCAGGUUCACACGGAAUACCUAGAUAGCUGUGUACUCAGGUCCCUACUGAACAAGAAAGCGCUGCCUGUGAUGAAAAUCAUUCAGGAUAUAUUUUGUCUGAUCAUCAAGUUCCGGACAAAUCUGAUCAACGGAGAGUGGAGAAGACAUCCGCAGACCGGGCAGAUAGCUCACACUAACUUUGUUAAAAUAAAAGAGGCUUACUUGUCGUUCCAGCAGUAUUCAGCCUUUCUCUUUACAGUUGUGAACAAGUUGGCAAUCCGAGGUUACCAGACUCAUCUUCAGGAACUGCUGCUUCGACUCAACUUCAACAACUACUACUAAUCAGACUGAGUCUUGUCACCAUUGACAACACAAUAUGGAGUGAAUUUACCUUAAUGAAACUUAAAGAGAUGGAAACAUUUCCAAAUUUAUCUGGAAUUCCAGAUUUGUAAUCUGUACAGUUUUUUCAGGGUUUCCAAUGUUUGUCCAAAAUAUUUCAUAUUCUCCGUCCAACACUUACGACUUGGCUGAUGCUUUGCAUACAUUCUGAAUGGGGGCACUUUAGACCAUUGUCCAACAAUAACCAAUAUUAAGAUUUCCAGAUAUUUUUUUUCAUUGACCACAUUCAGUUUCCAACUUGGCUUAUCACUGAUAAUGUCAUGGCAACAUGGAAUUUCAAGUACUAACACAAAUUAAUUGAACAUGUGCCAAAACAAAAACCAAAAAUCAAAGUUUCAUUCUGCCAAAUCAUCAGAUUUGAACAAUUAGGGCAUUUGUGAAAAGUAUAUUAGCUGUCAGUAAUAUAUGUUGGAAAUAAUAUAAAAAAGUGUCCUUGGAUCUCCACGUAAAUAUGUAAUGUACAUAUUGAGCACUUAUACCUGAUGUAAUUCAGAAACAGUUUACACAAAGACGUUCGAAGGUUUUUUUUGUUAUAUAUUAUUAAUAAUAUACAUCUGCACACUACUACUACUACUACUAUUAAAAGAUGUACUUCAGCUGCCAUAUGCAGUUUUAUAAAUUAAUUUAAAUAGUGGCUUAUGUCCAUGCUUGGGUUUGAUGUUUUCCAGGUUUUCCAGUAAAAAUAUGUGAGCUGUAAUCAUGUAUAUUUCUAGGUCACGCUCAAAGGGAGUAGGCAUAUAAGAAUCAAUCAUAUGCAGUCAUGUGGGUUACAAAAAUGCACCGAAAGUGAAAGACAUUUUGGCCCACGGAGGAGGGUUGCUGAGUUCCUGGGUCAGAAUUUACACCACUGAGGGUGUAUGUUUUGUAUCCAACUUGACUGCAUAUGAUGGAUUAUUUUUCUCUUAAACUUUACUAUAUAAACUAAUAAUUUACAGAACAACACAAAAUGUCUGAAACAUUUAACUUUUUUUAUUUCUGUGUUUUGUAGCAAACCAUACCAUCAUAUAUAUAUUGUCUUUCACUAUGAAUUAACAAUAUACAAUUUAGUCAUGUACAACAGGAUUUAGUAACAAAAUUAUGAAUUUUUUUAUCUAGCUAUCAACAUGUCGUUACCUUCAUUAAUAUGCAAAAUAGAAACUUUAAUAUGCACAGUCAUAAAAUCAUCUCCUUAGGAAAAUAACACUGACAUUAUCAUAAUUAUUCAAGGUUUAAAUAAUAGUUUGAACUGGAAUAAAGAUCAAGAUUAUAUAAUUAUUUUAAAAGGGAACACGUAUAAAGACUGUUUACCGCUAUCCCAUAGUACAAUGUUCGAGGUUAAUUAUAAAUUACUGUUUAAUUUAAUUACAAGUUGUUGCCUUUUUGGAUGAUUUGUACAUAUAUAUGGGAUUAUAUUAAUUGUGAUUUAUUCGACCGGCACCGUUCCCACAUUUUAUAAUACAUUUUAUUGCAUCAUCGAUCCGGACAUAUUUAAGAGAACAUUCUUCUUUGUCAAUCAGUUCAUUGAUACUAGGUUCUCUAUUAUGAUGUGGUGCUGACAAAUCUACGAUUAAGCGUCUUUUGCCUGAAUAUCGGCCUGUGGCAAUUUCUAAUGGUGACACUCUGUAAUUACUAAAUGUAAUUACUAAAAGGUGCAGUAACAAAUGGCCCCAUAAUAUAUCCUUUCUCUAGUUCACUUUCAGUCAGUUUGCUAACCACUUCCGGCUGUUGUCGGGCUGACAAAUUAUUUCGGCAUUCCUUUGUUUGGAGUGGUGGGUUAACUAUUUUUGUAUCAAAACCAUACUUUAAACCGUUAAUGAGAUUAUCUACAAACUGUCUAUCUGGGUGAAAUAUUAGCUCUUAAGAUUAUCAACAAACUGUCUAUCUGGGUGAAAUAUUAGCUCUUUACUCAGUUGGCUCAUGUUAUUUGGUGUGGUGGCUACCAUUUGUCAAGGUUUGUCUCUAAAUACUCUUUGUACUCCUGUAUUUUGCCCUUUUGCUUUUUUUUUGUACUGUUGCAUUUGGCAGAGGGGUAUCCGGUUGCUGGUUGCUGCUCUAGUAUAGCAGUCAAGUUUUGCAUGGCCUUCCUUUUUGCACAAGGCACAGAUAUGCAGAAAUUUGCAGUUACGACGCCAGCAUUUCUUGUCAUUAAAAUUGUUACAUACAUCUUGGCGCCCAUUUUAGUUAGUCUUCCCUCCCUCUAGGGUGCAAGUAUAUGUCUUUCUUCGGGGUAGGACAGAAAUUGUCUGUAUGUGAAGAACUACAAGAAAUAAUGUUUUGCCCUGUAAAAAAUGUUUUGAAAUAACAGUGUGUUUCAUUUGCUCCAAUCUACUUUGAAGCCUUGCAGUAACAGCUGUGCUGCUUGCUGGGAAUAAGCUUUGUGAUAUUCAUAGAAGCCAGGCCCUGGCCACCUCUC